AAGGAGGGGAAAGGGGGGGGGAAAGAAAAAAAAGUUUGGCGUCUGAUAGGAAUUGCACACGGAUCUGUGUUAAGAAAUCUUAUGAGCUGUGGAUUUGCUGGACCCCGGGGUUACUGCAACCCUGGUGCCUGCUUUACAGGGUAUAGAUUUAGAUUUUUACUUGCAUAACUAGGUGGGGGGGGAAAAAACUAAAUGCGAAUGGAUCAUCUUUUGAAAAGAAAACCUAUUUAAGAUUUAUUUAUUGGGAGGUAACCAGGUGCUCAGCACUGAAGCUCCAACGCUGACAUUAAUCAAACAGUUGGAAAACUCUUUUUUUUGCAAAAAAAAAUAUUUAACUUUAAAAGUACAACCAGAAUCCCUUCUCCCCUCUGUCCCCAAAAGCAGAGUUGCAUUGGAGCUGAAGAAUUGAACAGAGCAGGAAAAAAAAUUGUUUCAAAAGAAAUUUUGGAGCAGGUUUCUGGUCAGUUUGAGCCUCGCAGAGCAGAGCUGCGAUUGCAGUGUAUGUCGCACACGCGAUGAAGCACUGACUUUAUCCUUUUAGACUUGAAAAGAGAGUUGAGAGAAAGAGGGAGAGAAAGAGAGAGAGAGAAAGAGAGAGAGAGAGAGAGCAAAACGGACCACAGACCACACGCAGAGGACAACUGAGCUCCAACAGGACAGGAGAGCGCUGGAAAAGGUCCAUCUCCCCAACAGCAAAGAGUUGUCAAGAUGCGUUGUAAAAAUGUGACUUCCAUCCUGAGGAUAGUGGGGACCACCCUGUUCGGCUUGGCUCUUCUCCUGGGCAUUGCAGCUGCUUACAUCGUGGGUUAUCAGUUCAUAGCCACAGACAAUUAUUAUUUCUCCUUUGGAAUGUAUGGAGCCAUCCUCGUCUUGCAUUUGAUCAUUCAAAGCCUCUUCGCUUUCUUGGAACACAGAAAAAUGAAGCGAUCUUUGGAAACUCCCAUAAAGCUGAACAAGUCAGUUGCUCUAUGCAUCGCUGCCUACCAGGAAGACCCUCAUUACCUACGGAAGUGCUUGCAAUCUGUGAAAAGGCUGACCUACCCGGGGAUGAAUGUCAUCAUGGUUAUAGAUGGAAAUGCGGAAGAGGAUAUUUACAUGAUGGACAUAUUUAGCGAAGUCAUGGGAAGGGAUCGAUCGGCUACCUACAUCUGGAAGAGUAACUAUCACGAGAAGGGCCUGGGUGAAACUGAUGAGUUGCAUAGAGAGAGCAUGGACCAUGUGACGGCACUGAUCAGGGCAAAUAAGAGUGUUUGCAUCAUGCAGAAAUGGGGAGGGAAACGAGAAGUGAUGUACACUGCGUUCAGAGCACUGGGCUGCACUGUGGAUUACGUGCAGGUUUGUGAUUCUGAUACAAUGCUAGACCCUGCUGCAACCGUGGAGAUGGUUAAGAUCCUGGAGGAAGAUCCAAUGGUUGGAGGUGUUGGUGGCGAUGUCCAGAUUCUCAACAAAUAUGACUCCUGGAUAUCGUUCCUUAGUAGUGUAAGGUAUUGGAUGGCCUUUAACGUCGAAAGAGCCUGUCAAUCCUAUUUUGGCUGUGUGCAAUGCAUUAGUGGGCCUUUAGGCAUGUACAGAAAUGGCUUACUCCACAAAUUUGUCGAAGAUUGGUACAAUCAGGAGUUUCUGGGCUCGAAAUGUAGCUUUGGGGAUGACAGACAUCUGACAAACCGUGUCCUGAGCCUAGGGUAUGCAACAAAAUAUACAGCAAGAUCCAAAUGUCUCACAGAAACCCCAACGCAAUACCUGAGGUGGUUAAACCAGCAGACCCGCUGGAGCAAAUCCUACUUCAGAGAGUGGCUGUACAAUUCUCUCUGGUUCCAUAAACACCAUCUGUGGAUGACGUAUGAAGCAGUGAUCACUGGAUUUUUCCCCUUCUUCCUCAUAGCCACCGUUAUUCAGCUUUUUUACAGAGGAAGAAUUUGGAACAUUCUUCUGUUUCUAUUGACCGUCCAGUUUGUGGGUCUCAUCAAAUCUUCCUUUGCGAGUUGUCUGAGAGGCAACAUUGUGAUGGUCUUCAUGUCUCUUUACUCUGUGCUGUACAUGUCGAGUUUACUUCCUGCAAAGAUGUUUGCCAUUGCUACGAUAAACAAAGCAGGUUGGGGGACGUCGGGAAGGAAAACUAUAGUGGUGAACUUCAUUGGGCUGAUCCCAGUAUCAGUGUGGUUUAGUAUCCUUCUGGGAGGGGCAAUGUACACAAUAUACAAUGAAACCCGAGAUUCUUUUUCUGAUUCUGAGCAGACUGUUCUCAUUAUUGGGGCAAUACUAUAUGCCUGUUACUGGGUCAUGCUGUUAACUCUAUAUAUUGUCCUUAUCACCAAAUGCUGCCGGCGGAAAAAGGAGCAGCAGUACGACAUGGUGAUUGAUGUAUGACGUUUACAUUUACAGGUAUCAUUAUUCAGUUUAAAAUAAACACACACAAAAACAUUACAGCAUCAGGUGGUAUCAUGCAGUGAAAGUGAUGCCACCAAAAGGAUAUGGAUCAUUGCUGCUGUGACUUCAAGAAAUGCAAUAGGGUUCAUAUUGUUGUGCCAAAGAAACUAAAUAGAACAGUAGUUCUACAUGCAAUUCAGGCUGAAAGAACCAAUCUGUGUGGAACAAUUAUGACUGUUUUGAUGGCUCUGCACUUUUUUCCAUUGGGCAAAAUGCUUGAUUGUGUCACAAAUACCUCACUGGCAGUGCUUGUGGAUAGUGGGGUGGAUUUAGUAUUUGGACUCUUGAAAUGACUUCUCCACCCACUCCUCACCCUUCAUUACAAUCUCAGCUGAUGCAUUGUUGAAUGAACCAAGCCAUAUUCACUGGGUGAAAGUAAAUGGGUCUGGCUGUACUCGCUUCACAAACUAAGCUUCCAUGCCUAAACUGGACUUGUUUUUUCCUUUCCAGAACAUGGGCUGAUGCUGUAGUUUUUGUGUAAGUGAUUUCCAGUGAGGCAGCAGACUGCAGUGAUUUUAAUUCUGCGAUAUUUUAUGUUUUUUUUUACAAAACCAAAGAUUUAUUGUCAUUUAUUAAUCUUUCCUUGAACGACUAUUGAAUAUGUGAAUGAAAAUGUGAAGUGAUACCAAUCUUGAUUUUUUUUUGUAUCUGAGAUGUCUUUAAUCCGCAGCAUCAAGAAAACUCCCAGUUUCCACAAAAAUAAAAGUACUGUCAGGUCAAGCACUAACUGGAACUGGAAAUGUACCUGUGCCUCAGUACGUUUUGGACAUUUUAUUUUAUAAAGAUUUUUUUAUACAGGGGAUGGAAUAGCCUGCUACAUAAAUUGCUGCCUUUUCAAACCAGUUGGUUAUGGGCUCAGGGUUACCUGCCACUUGACUCUGAAUGCCACAAUUGAUAUGAGGCUUGUCGGACAUUGGCUCAGCAGAGGAGUGCUUCAUAAGAGAGUAGCAUUCCACCUGGGGGGAGGGAGGGGGAUGGGCGGAGAGAGGAAAAAAUAAAAUGAUCUCUCACCCUGCUGCUAGUAUGCCUCCUGCACGGCUCACAUAGAAUACUUUGUGGUAUUGGCUGCAGAGGUGCCCAUGGCUUGGGAUACCACAACCUGUUUGCUGAAGGAGGAUGACUGGAGGUGAGCAGUCCCGAAAGGGAUAAAGCCUCGUUGCCAACUUAUCCCCAAUUUGUAACUUUGUUAAAGAAAUAUACAAUAGACUCUACUUUUCUAUAUGGAAUUAUGAACUCAGCAAUGAACAUUGCUGAUGAAUAAUGCGUACCACUAUUAGUAUAGUCAUUAGAAAAAUCACCAGCGAUUUACAUAGAAAAAGGACAGAAAGUCAAAACUGCACGCUCGGUAGAUUUACUGCAACCAAUUGGUGACCAAGCAGUACACUUUUACUGGACAGAUAGGGAUCAGUAUUCAUGACAUUUUUUUACACUGUUCACCAAGAGGAAGUUUUUUUUUAUCCUGCCUCCUCCCUUCUACUUCUAUGUGAAAACUUGUCAAUUUCUACAAUACAUUCAUGGGCUUAACCUAAUACUUUAAACAUCAAAUGCUGGCACGAACCUUGUGAGCAACUGGUUUGUUAUAUAACUUUGCAAAAUAUCGGAGGUGAUUUUCACAUGUUCUCUUGAUGAAUAAGAGACUUUUGAAUUUUUGUGUACAAAUGGUAACAGAUGUGAACUGGUCAUUUUCAAGAAAGAGAGCGUGAGAGAUGGAACCCGCAAGCUUUUACCUGGGAUUAAGAAUUAACUUUAUUGCAUCUUUUGGACUUUGAUUUUUGUUUACAUUUCCUGGUUAAAUAUAUUGACUUCAUUUUCUGAAGUAAAUAAAAUAAAUGGUAAUUUUUUUCCAUCAGUAUU